GGCAGACCGGACCAUACCAUCACAUGGGGGGGUUAUAUCUUGAGGCUGAAAGUUUGGCUCAGAAUGGAUUUUUAGCUCAUGAAACACACUGCUAUGGUCAAAAAAGAAGGAGAGGUUGAUUUAGAGUCUCUCUGAACGGAUAUUAGUUGCUCUUUCUGCACAUGUUCUGAUCCCCAUCUUCCAGCUGUCUCAUCUCCAACGCUCUUGGUGACAACGUGAUUUGAAACAAGAGGAACUUUGGAGGAGUCACUAAUCGCGUCGAAUGCUAAAGAUCCAGGAACGAAAUGGACGUUCCCUUCAAUCUGUCCCUCUCCAAUCUCUCACUUCCCGUCUCCCCAACAUCUCCACCUCUGGAUCUUCAACACCCCCUCCUGACCAUCAUCAUCAUCGCGUGUCUCUUCGCUGUGUUCGGGGGCUGUGUGAUUGUUCUGGCGAUGUGCUGCUCGACGGGAGGGUCGUGGGGUGUGGACGGGGACGGCGGUCUCUCGGGGGGUCAGACUCCGUCCAGCGAGCCCCAGCUGAAGCUCUGGAAGCGCUUGGGCUCUAUGAGGCAGUCGUUCUCCUCCACGCCGGCGUUCAGAAGACCCGUUCAGGCAUACGUAGCCCAGAGCCGGAAGCAAUCAGGGUCAAUGCCGCCGGCAGAGUCAAAGACACACGACUCCUACACAUAUAUUACUAUACCGUCUCUGCUGCAGUAUGCCACCGAGAUUUGAGCUCUGUUGCUAAGAAGUCACCUUGCGGUCUCCUGCCUACAUAGACACCUGCCUUUUAAGUGACUGAAUCAAAGUGCACUUCAUAGGGAGAAACUCCAGCUACAGGAAACUAGACUCAAAUUGAUUCCAAAAAAAUACAUAACAUACACUAUCAGAUACAAUUAGUUUUUUUUAGGUUUAACUGAUUUUAUCGAAACUUUCAGGAACUGAAAUAAAUGUGUGUUUAGAAUUGACAUUUCUAUCAACUUGUCUGCCGUUGUCAGCUCAAUGCAAUGCAUUCUGGGAUUAUCUUUUCCUUUGAGAGGGAUGCAUAUGAUGUUGUCACGGUUUAAUAUUAACAAACUAAAACUAAAAGUAUUUAAAACUUUUUUGUUCAUUGAAAUAAAUCUGGAGUUAAAUACAAAUAUUAGAUGAAAAAUGAAAACAAAUUUGUUUUAGUUGAAAGUACUAAUUUCAACUUUCAACUAAAAAAGCAACUAAAUAUAUAUAUGAGUUUUAGUUCAAUUGAUUUGUUUUUUGUUAGUGUUGUUUACAUGUUGUUUACAUCUGGUCCAUGUGUAAUAAUGCUCUCCAUGUGUAUUAAAACUUUAUGGGAACACUA